GCCUAGGCAGCCUCCCCUUGUGGGAGGAAGCUUUGGAGGAGCCAUACUGGAUCCUGGGGGAGGAGAAGAGAGCGCUGCAGGGGAUAGCAGUGGAGGGACUCUGUCCCUCACCUCAUCUGCCUUCAGAGGGGCCCCCUCACAGCCAGUGUCCCUGUCUCCUGCUCCUCCUCCUUCCUCAGGAGCAACCUUUAACCCUCCUCCACACACGUGCAAGGAUACCUACCCCACUUGUUCUCCUCUGUCUGAGCUGCAGAGUGGACAGUGGCUAUCAAUGGAGAACAGAGACUCCUGCUUGCAUCGAAGGCUGCUUCUGCUAUUGCUGCUGCUGCUGCCACCACCUCACACCCACCAGGGACAGCCUCUGAGACACACUGUCCCUAACCAGAGUGCUCAGGCCCCUCCGGCUAGGUACCUCAGCAAUGGCCCAGGACAAGAGCCUGUCACUGUGAUAACCAUUGAUGUCGCCAAAAUCAGCAGACCCUAUUCCUCCUUUGAGUUUCGAACCUGGGAUCCAGAGGGAGUGAUUUUUUAUGGGGACACUAACACCAAAGAUGAUUGGUUCAUGCUGGGACUUCGGGAUGGCCAGCCUGAAAUUCAGCUGCACAAUCUCUGGGCUCGGCUUACAGUAGGCUUUGGUCCUCGGCUCAGUGAUGGGAGAUGGCACCAGGUGGAGCUGAAGAUGAAUGGGGAUUCACUGCUGCUGUCCGUGGACAGGAAGGAGGUGCUGUGCCUGAGACAAAUCUCUGGAACUCUGGCUGAUAGGGCCCAGCCCAGCAUGAGGAUUGCCCUAGGGGGACUCCUCCUCCCUGCCUCCAGUCUUCGGUUCCCGCUGGUUCCUGCACUAGACGGAUGUAUACGUCGAGAUGUCUGGCUGGGCCACGAGACCCAGCUCUCACCCUCUGCCACUACUAACCUCGGAAACUGUGAUGUGGACUUGCAGCCUGGACUGUUCUUCCCGCCAGGAACCCAUGCAGAAUUCAGUCUCCAAGACAUUCCCCAGCCUCACAAGGACCCCUGGAGCUUUUCUCUGGAGCUGGGAUUUAAGAUGGUGGAUGGUUCCGGAUGCCUCCUUGCUCUUGGGACAGGAAGAAAUUCUUCUUGGCUUACCCUUCACCUCCAAGAUCAAAAGGUGGUGCUGUCUUCUGGAGUAGAACCAAAACUAACUUUACCCCUGGACUUGGAACUCCCUCUUCAGCUGAAGCUGGAUAACUUCAAAGUGGUCUUGAGCCAAGGACCAAAGAUGGAGGUCCUUGCUGUGUCCCUUUGGAGACUUGCCUCUCUCCAGAGACUCUGGUCCCACCCUCAGAGCCAUCUCUCCCUUGGGGCUUUACCAGGAGACAACUCUUCUGCUUCCUUUUGCUUGAGAGAUCUUUGGGUACAAGGACAGAGACUGGAUGUAGACCAGGCCCUGAACAGAAGCCAGAACAUCUGGACUCACAGCUGUCCUCAGAGCCCAAACAAUAUCACUCGCACUUCCCACCAAGCCAACCCCCUUUGAGAAGGAGGCAUGGUGGUGCAAGCCUGGAAACCCAUGACAGGUGGAGUUGGGAGAACCAGGCCUACAGUGCCAUCCUUGGCUACAUAGCAUGCUUGAGGCCAGCCUGGGCUAUGUGAAGCCCUGUAGUUAAAAAUAAAAAGGAAUUGUGAAUGCAACCCAUUUA